AUGCUGGCCGGCUGGAGAGAGCUCUCUGCAGGGAUUGGUGCCACGCUUUGCUGCCUCCUCUUCUUCUGGCUCUUGUAUUCUCAUCCGCCUAAGGAAGGGAAGGAGCUGGAGGUGGGGACGUGUGAGAUUACGGCGCUGAACAGAGACCUCAGCCAUCCCAGGAGGAUGAUCGCCCGGCAGACAGCACGCUGUGCCUGCAGGAGAGGCCAAGUCGCAGGCACAACGAGGACAAAACCUGCCUGUGUGGAUGCUCAGCUCAUUGCCAGUAAGCAGUGGUGCGGGAUGGAGCCCUGUGACGAAGGGGAGCAGUGCACUUUGUUAAUAAAUCGUUCAGGCUGGAGCUGCACUAGACGACUGGGCCGAAUAAAAACCGUCACAACAGGCGAGCAGAGCACUGUGGUUGCUCCACGCAACGUGCACAGACCCCGACGGGAGAAAUGGCCCCAAGAAACACAGACCUCUGGCUAAAGUGGGCUUUGAUGGAAAUUGCAAUGAAAUCCCAACACGAGGUCUCCUGACAGCAGCAGCUGACGGCCCGAGCCUGGUGCCUCCACUCCUGGCUGCCGCAGCAGUAUAAAUACCGCCACCCUGGGGCAAGGGGCCAGCCCCUCUGUCCGCAUCCCCAUGGGUCGGUCUCCUUGCAGCAGGGCCUGGCAAGACACUGCUCUGCAGCCCAUACGCUGGACACAGAACUGCCUGGGCUGGGAGCCCCGCUCUGUUGCCGGCUGGGAUGAUGCCAAACAGCUGGAAAGACGUGUCGGGUUUAUCCCUAUCCAAUGGAUUUCCGGCGUCCGGAGGGGUUUUAACUGAAAUGCAUCUUUCUGCAAACCUUUGCAUUGUGAACAGAGGGAGCAGCCCCUUGGCACCCAGAGGGUUAAAGAGUGGGCAUAUUUGCUGCGGCUGGCUCACUAGGGAGCAGCCCAGGUGAGACCCAAGGAGAGACAGACGCAGACUGAUGUUUAUCCACAGCGGAGCUGAGAGUUGGGGAUGUCUGUCCAUCACCUUGAAGCAAACUCUCUCUUAUUGUAUUUCUCCUCCCCUCCCAAUCUCCAGAGACAGAGAGGAUGCAGAGGGGACAGCUCCAGAGAGAAGGUGCUAAGGUCAUCUCAUCUCGACCCCACUGGUUCACCUUCAGCCCUUUGGGGAGUCCCCUGAGGUUGUGGGGCUGUCUGAGCCAAGCCCUCACUCCACACCCAGCAGCACAGGUUCCCCACAGGCUGCUGUGAGUUGUUCCAUAGGGAAACACUGAUUUGAUGAGUUUCUCUUCCCUUUCCAUUUGCAACUUGUCCAUCAGCAGCUCACAAUUUCCCCAGGUUUAUUCAGCGGCUCAGAACAAAUGGCCAAAUUAUUCCUACAAAUAAAUUCUCAG